ACUGCAGCUUGUAGUCGGAAGCUGUUGAGCAUGAAGCCAGCCGGGUUUUGUUGUUCUCUCUCUGGGUGUGUGCGGUGGAUUCCUCCGGACUCCACCCUGCCUGCCUGCCUGCUACACGCUUCCAGGAAAACCUCCCCACUGUCCGCACCGAGUUGUCGCUCCGAACCCGACAACAUUUUCAGGAAGACGUGUCCGAACAGCCAGGCGUCAGCUCGUCGUGUCGCUGGGAUUAAUUAGGACCCGGUGGACGGCUCGUAGUUUGGCAUCAUGUCCAGAUCAGAUUACCCUCCUGGGUACGAUGAGUCCCAUGGUCCACUGUACCCACCCCAGGGUGGGGGUUACCCAACUCCGCCUCCAUAUGGCUUCCCCUCCUAUGGUGGUCCCCAACCAGACCAGCCUUCUGCUCCCUACCCAGCUGGUCCAAAUGCCCCUCUGUACCCAGGCCAGCCAGGGGGAUAUCCUCCUGGACCUUACCCAGGGCAGCCUCACCCAGCUGGGCAUCCGGCUGCAGGGUACCCACCCCCUCCACCCAUGCCUCCUGUCAUCCCACCCACCAUCCCAUCAGACGUCCUGAGUUCAGGUGAUGAGUUUGCUGCACGCGACAGCAACUGGGACGACCUGAGCAUCCGACACGCUUUCAUCAGAAAGGUCUACAUGAUUCUGGCGUCUCAGCUGCUCGUCACCACAGCCUUCGUGGCCAUAUUUACGUUUGCAGAUCCUGUCAAAUCAUUCGUACGUAAAAACCCAGCUGUGUACUGGGCAUCAUACGCCAUCUACUUCGUCACCCACAUGGUGCUGGUGUGCUGUAAGGGCCCACGGAGGAAGUUCCCAUGGAACCUUAUUCUGCUUCUCCUUUUUACUCUGGCUUUGUCCUACAUGACUGGGACUAUAUCCAGUUACUACGACACUAAAGCAGUCUUUCUGGCUCUUGGGAUCACUGCUGUCGUGUGCAUUGCAGUCACAGUGUUCUGCUUCCAGACAAAGGUCGACUUCACCAAGUGUCAGGGCCUUUUCUGUGUUCUGGGGAUUGUGAUGUUUGUGACCGGCAUCAUCACAGRCAUCGUGCUUUCCUUCAAAUACAUUUACUGGCUCCACAUGCUUUACGCAGCUUUAGGAGCCAUCGUCUUCACUCUGUUCCUGGCAUACCACACACAGUUACUGAUAGGAAACAGGAAGCACUCAAUCAGUCCAGAGGAGUACGUGUUUGCUGCGCUCUCCAUCUARGUUGACAUCGUCCAAAUCUUCCUGUUCCUGCUGCAGAUCAUAGGAUCUUCCAACAAAUGAGACAACCGGUGGAAACUGGGUCAGCUCUGAGGAGUAGAACUGCUCCGCGCAUUAUUUUUUUUAUUAUUUGUUUGCAUUUUCGAAGAAAAGGUUAUUGUUUUGUAAGUCAUAAGGAGAUACAGGGAACAUAUCUAAGGGCUGAAUCUGAUUUAGUUCAAAUGUAGAUGUAGGCAUUUAAAAAUGCACACAUAUUUAUACAAUGUAAACAUGUAAAGGCGUAAGAAUGCUAACUGUUCAAGUGUUUGACCUCCUGCAGGAAUGAAGUUAAGACAAAGUGUCUAAACAUUUUUCUCUGUACAGCUCGGUGCUUCCAACAGCAGCCAACGAUCUGCUUUACUUCAUAUUAGUCUGACUAUAUCGUGUGCUUUUACACGUUGUUACAUCUAAAUACUGUUCUCUUUACAGAGGUUCAGAAAACAUGCGCCUUAUGAUUUAGAGGGUUUUAUAAACAUUUUUGAAGUAUUGUUAGCUUUGUUUGUUUGUUUGUUUGUUUGUUCAGUCAGAGAGACAGCCUCUUUCAGCAGGAUUAUUUUAAAUUUUUAUCCAAAAUUAAAAUUAAAUUAAUAAAAUUUUUAGCCAAAGCGUCAGUGUCCAAAAGCUCCUGACCGAACCAGCUCCACCCUGCUGGUUCCACAAACGUCACUCAGUAUAAAUAUGCUAAGCCAAAAAUCUAGAAAAGCCUURAUUCAAMUUCAACAUARGGUGUAAAGAAAAGUUUAGUGUAGGUGAAAGGUUGUAAAUAUACAAAUCAGUCUUUAAGAGAAGCUGUUUGCUUUCAAACAUGUAAUAAAUUGUUUAUUUGCUGA